AUGAAUCCAGUUUCGACACCUCCCAGCGCGCAAGUCCUACACCAUAUUAUUUUACACGGUCAAACUAACUCUCGCAGCAGUGAGGCCAGUACGCUCGGUGGCGUGCGCACCUGGUUCAACCCGGCCGGAAUGUAUUACGAGGACAAUAAAUGGACAACAGAAAGGGCAAUCCAGAUAGAAUUCUACACCAUUCUUGCCGUCAUUAUAUUUUCACUCAUCCUUGGAUGCAUCACCAGUUGCAAGAUUAUGCAUUGUUUCUCGCCCUCACAUUGGGUGCGGUUCAGGGCAGCCGAGAUUGACGCCCAGAUGCAAGAGGCGUAUAAAGCAGCCAAGGACAGGGAAAUUGCCAAGGCUCAAGAAGAAAAACAGACUGGAAUCCGAUCUGGCAAAUACAGGUGA